AUGUUCGGAGGGCCUAUGGAUUGGAGUAAAAUCCUUCAACAUUUGCAGCAGAAUAAUUUAACUCAACUUAACGGAAAUACAACUAACGAACAGCAACCCCAACAACAUCUAUUUAACCCAAUUCAACACUUUACGUCAGAUCAACCAAUUAAUCCAAAUCAAGGAACCACUGGAGAGGGGGCUUCGAAUGGACACCCUAUGCCACCCGCUGACCGGUCGAGUUUACCCCUUCCGCAACCUAAUUUAGGAUGGUAUGUGACAAGGCCUCCACUCGCCUAUACUUUUCAAAGGAAUGAAGGAGCGACGGAGACGAUAAAUUUAGACGAACUUAUUGAUCCAUCUUCACCAGAUACUCUCCGAAGAUUACCUACACCACCCCCAGCUCAUAUAGGAUGUUGUGUCAAACCACCGCCCCAACAUUCCACUCAAGCGCCAGAUAUUCCCCCACCGAGAGCAAAAGAACACCCCCCACUGGGACCGUGUCCUUUUAAUAAUUUUCCCCACGGCACCGGAAUACUACCGGGUGUUGUACCAUCGACUGAACGAGACUUGGCAUAUGCAAGGGAGCAACAUUACAUGAGUAAUGUGCCAUGGUUUCCACUGCCUCCUCCAGCUCACUCCACUCCACAUCAUCCACCGAUACUGAACUUCUUCCCUCUUCGAGGUCCGCCUCCUUCUGCUCAUUCAGGUCCUCCAGCCGAUUUUUGA